GUCAAGAUGGCAUCGGCUGCUGUGUUCACCUGCUAAUGUUUGUGCAUUUCCUCUAAAACUACGGUUAAACUUCUCAAUUUACGAUGAUUUUAUUGUGACAUGUUCUUCAAAGAAUGUUUGACCAAUAAUGAUGUAUCAAUGCCCAUCAACACACCAUCAUGCCCAAGUCAUUUGAAGAUAAAUCCAAGACUGUUCUCACAACUUUUGAAAGUUGUAAUCGAGACCAACAGAAUGAGAUACUGAUAAGACUGCUCCUCAAGUGCCAGCCGCUACAGCUAAGAUUCUUAUAUGCUGAACUUAAGCCGCUGCUAGCAGUUGAUUUUGUAGCCUACCUACCCAGAGAACUUACUGAGAGGAUAUUCUAUUAUUUAUCACCCAGUGAUCUGUGUAAAAUAGCAUGUUGUAAUAAAUUAUGGAGAGAGAGAUCCAAUCAUGAUCCUAUAUGGCAGAAUUUGUGUAUCAGCAAAGGAUGGUCAUCAUAUGGCAGUGAUUUGAUGAUAGAGAGACCGUUUUCACCAAAUGCUGGUACUACGGCCACUUCACCUCGGUACAUUGCACCAGAUACACCAAGUAAUCUGACACCGGUUUGUAAAUGGAAAGAUGUUUACAUGAGAGCUCAUCAUCUAGAUAAUAAUUGGAUAACUGGUAAAUACACGGUUAUACCAGUAUUGAAGGGACAUAAAGAACAAGUUACUGCAUUGGACAGUAAUCACAAAGUAAUAGUAAGUGGUAGUGCAGAUGGAACUGUUAGAGUGUGGGAUAUAUUUACCUAUCAGUGUUUACAUAUAUUUCAAGACCAUACAGACUCUGUAACUUGUUUACAAAUCAAGGACAACAUAGUUGUCAGUGGAUGUGCUGAUAGUAUACUACGUGUUUAUGAUGUGAAAACUGGAAGAUUACUGGACACAUUGAUGGGACAUAACAGAGGAGUAGACAGCGUUUGUUUUGAUGGGAAAACAAUUGUAUCAGCUUCAAGUGACAAAACUAUUAGAGUGUGGUUGUAUCACAGCGGUAAAUGUGUACAUAUAUUGCGUGGACAUCAGGAUGAUAUUGAGUUUUUAACAAUGUACAAAAACAUGGCAGUUUCCACCAGUUGGGAUUCAACCCUUAAACUGUGGCAUCUACGGAGAGGUAUCUGUGUACAUACAUUACAGGGACACAGUGAAGUUGUAUAUUGUUGCCAGUUUGAUGAUAACAUUAUUGUCAGUGGAGGUGGUGAUGGAUUGAUCAAAAUAUGGGAUACAGAAAGUGGUUAUUGUAGACAGACUCUGGCAGGACAUACAGGUGAAGUGUAUUGUUUACAGUAUAAUAGUGAAGUGAUAGCAUCUGGUUCAUCUGAUAGUACAGUUAGAUUGUGGAACCUUCAAGGUAUUUGUUUGAAUGUAAUGAGAGAACACAUUGGUGUUGUACGUUGUCUCUGUAUAUGGGGACCAAGAAUAAUAACUGGUGGCGACAGAAAAAAAAUUGUUGUUUGGGAUGCCAAGACUGGAAGAAAAUUGAAUGUUGCACAUCGUAAUCCAAGUUUACUUCAUAAACUGUGGGUGAAUGAUACCAGAUUAAUCACAGCUUCACCAGAAUCACCAGGCAGUAUUACAGUUCUCAGUUACUGGUAGUAUUGGUACAAUCAUGAGUUUCUACAUUUGAGGUGUGCAGGCUGGGCUGUAUUUUUUACCAUUCACUGAUUAUAACCUAAUAAGUAUGUAAAUACUGUACCUCUGACCAUAUAACAGACUUGAUCUCAAAUUGUCUAUUAAAUCGUUUCAUAUUGUGAUUAACUUUUCAUGAACUUAUUUGAUUUAGGCAAGUAAUCACAAAUAGGAAUAAUGACAGACAUAACUAUAACUGCCAUGGUUUUGAAAUAAGCAGGAAUAAGAAAUAAGCAACAUUUUUUGGGAUUCACAGAAAAUUACUGAAAUGUAACACAUGAUUGAUGCACGUUAGUUUCAUGCACUACCAAACAUUGUCUGGUUUCUUGAGGUAUUAUAUCUAGAAAAAACAACCCAUGUGUUAAUAAUCCUGCUAAAACCAUUACUAAUAGAUCAGUUCUUAUUGUUUUGUCCUGCCAAUACUUGGUGCACUACAAUAUUACACAAAUAAGUUUUUACUGUGAUUUUAGUUGCGUGUGUCUUGUUUAAUCGCUUUAUAUUUUAUAUGAUUUUUUUUAAAUGUAUUUGUAUUUGGUGUGGAUAUGUUUGUGUGAAAUGAUCUGGCAGUACUAACUCUUUACAUUCCAUUCAUCAUAAAAGGCCACACAAAUUUGACUUCAUAUAUUAUGGGCUAAAUGACACAAAAUCCAUGACACAGAAUAUGUUAGACAGAAUUUUUGUUAUUUUAUUUACUGUUAUACAAUCAUGAUCUUCUGUAUCAAAUCGGUCUUUUUAUAUGCACAGUAAUUAUUUUACACUUACUGUGUGUUUUUUUAUAAUAAAAUAAUCUUUUUGUCAGUUUUAUGAUAAUGU